GCUGGCAGCUCUUAUGGAUAACAGAAUAGGAUCAACUUGCCACAAGUGUACUUGCAAUCUUGCAUUGAAGGUUUUUACUCUUUGUUUUGAAAUUAUAGGUUCCCUGUCAGCUGCGGCUGGUGUGUUUUUCACAUGUCUUGUUUGGAUCAUAUACCGUCGGAAACAAAAGCUCAACCUGUUCAUUCUCCAAAAGCAUGCUCAGAGUAAAUCAAACACGGAAGAGAUACUAAGGAGAUAUCAAUCACUAACCCCGAAGAGGUACAGUUACUCAGAUCUGAAGAAAGCAACAAGAUGUUUCAAGGAAAAAUUAGGAGAGGGUGGCUAUGGUAAAGUAUUCAAGGGUACUCUACCAGACGGACGUAUGGUUGCUGUGAAACUCUUAAAAGGAUCCAAAGGCAAUGGAGAGGAAUUUCUAAAUGAAGUCACUAGUAUUGGUAGGACUUCCCAUGUUAAUAUUGCCAGUUUACUUGGUUUUUGUUUACAGGGAUCUAAGAGGGCCCUUGUUUAUGAGUACAUGGCCAAUGGCUCUUUAGAGAAGUACAUUUAUUCAGAGAGUUUAAAGUCAGCACUUGGAUGGGAACAAUUAAGGAAAAUAGCUAUUGGCAUUGCACGAGGUCUGGAGUAUUUGCACCAGGGCUGUAGCACCCGCAUCAUCCAUUUUGAUAUUAAGCCCCACAACAUCCUUCUUGAUGAAGACUUCUGUCCCAAAAUAGCUGAUUUUGGAUUGGCAAAACUGUGUAACCUCAAGGAUAGUGCUCUCUCGAUGGCUGAUGCAAGAGGCACCAUUGGUUUCAUUGCUCCUGAAGUGUUUUAUAGAGGGUUUGGAGUUGUGUCAACCAAGUCAGACGUUUACAGCUAUGGGAUGAUGAUACUACAGAUGGUGAGAGGAAGAACAAAUGCUAAAGAAAAUACUGACAAUUCUAGUGAAGCAUAUUUUACCAACUGGAUUUAUGACUGCUUAGUGAAAGAUUUGCAAAGCCACGAAGUCACAUGCGACCUGGAAGAGACUGCAAAGAAGAUGGCUGUAGUUGGCUUAUGGUGCAUACAAAUGGCCCCAAUAAAUCGUCCUUCCAUGAGUACAGUCACAGAAAUGCUGGAGAAGAACAUCGACGAAUUGGAAAUUCCACCCAAGCCAUUCCUUUCCUGCCCCUCACCGCAAUCACAUUUCUCAUCUUAACCAAGAUAUUUCCUAUUGGGAACCCUCGUCUUUGAGCAGUUGUCAAAGAAAACUAGACGAUUGAAGGCAGCAAUGAUGAUCUAUGGAGCAUGGAACAUAUGGAAGGCGAGAAACCGUUGCGUCUUUGAGCAGAGAGUCACAACACCAUCAGAGACUUUCCAGGAGAUCAAACUAGAAGUAGCCUGCAGAAGGGCAGCCUGUGGGAAGCCCGAGUUAUUUAGUUCUAAUG